UCUUGCAAAAAUAGCCUCUCUGUUUUUUUUUCAAUCAUGGGUCGAAGAAAAAUUGAGAUUAAGAUGGUGAAGGAUAGCAACACAAGGCAAGUGACCUUCUCAAAGCGGCGAACCGGACUCUUCAAGAAGGCUAAUGAACUGGCUACACUAUGCGGUGCAGAAAUUGCUAUAAUUGUUUUCUCUCCAGGAGGAAAACCCUUCUCAUUUGGGCAACCAAAUGUUGAGGUGGUAACAGAUCGGUUUCUAAAUCAAGAAGAUCAACCAAAAGAUGAAGAAGAUGGUUUUGAUGGUCUUGUUGAGUCGCCCGGGGCGCGAUCUAGGGUUGAAAAACUCAAUCAGAAACUCAAUAAUGUUAUGAAGAAACUUGACAAGGAGAAGAAGCGCGGAGAGAUGCUUGACAAGGCCAUGAAGAAAGAUUGGAAAUCCAUGCUUGGCCGGGAUGAGCUAAUGAAGAUGAAGGCAGAUUUGGAGAAACUUCAAGAGAAUGUGAAAGAACAUGUUGGUGAACUUGAAGUAUCAUCUUCCUUGCUUAUGCUAGCAAAUCAAUCGACUGAUUGAUUAAUUAAGAAUUAGUAGUUUUAGUUUCUAUAAUGAAAAGAAAAAUCAAAACUUGAGGAAGAUUGAUGUAUGGAUUCAAUUAUAAAAGAAGGUGGUCUAGAUAUAUUGAAUCUUGAGUUAAAUCAUAACCUAAUCUAUAUGUUAUUGGGU